CGGCUGUGAAAACCUCACGAAACCCUCAUUUCAAUCCAUCUAGGAGCGCAUUAACCAGAGUUGAUGAUGCUGACUAUGGUCGUACGGAUCAUGAACGGCCGGCGACCCCUCUCUGAGUCUUUUCUAUCGUUAACCUUAGAAUUUGCAAACACCGUAACACCGGAACUAUGAUGCAGCGCAUGAUGUGCACCAGCACAGUGUCGUAUUUUCGCUUGUUGUCUCUCUUCACUUGGCAGUAUAAAUCUCGUUUCUUUCAACUCCUCCUCACAUCGUCGGACUUGCGGCACUGCCUUUCCUUGUCUCUCCCGUCGAUUACCGGUCCCCACCAUUGACCUGUCUAUACCAGUCUCUAGCAUCGGGGAACCUCGUUCUCCGCGUCAUCCUUGGUCCGCACAGGCCAUCGCCUUAAAACACUUCCACCCUCCGUCUGACGGCCUCUCGUCACUCUAACCUCGGCAUCAGCAUAAAAAAUUCCCCCUCAUCAGCGGCGAUGCUAUUACAAGACCUUCCUCUCGACAUCGUCUACCAUAUCUUAGCUUACCUUGACAUUCAAGAUGUUUUACGCCUCCGAAUCCUGUCAUCCUCCUUCCUCGCCGUAACCUAUUCCCGGCCCGUCUGGGCCGCCCUCUAUGCGCGCUCGGCGCUCCCGCGCCCUCCCGGCCCGCUCCCGACCCAGUCCGCACAGGCGCUUGAAGACAUUCUGCGCAAAAGCGCUCGUGUGCAGAAAGGCAUGUUCGGGCCUAAUUCCCUAUCGGACAACACUCCUCAAUACCCUCCUGCGGGCUCGGUAUCGCGAAAAGGUCGCUCCGAGUCGGGCCGUCCAUCCCGGGUGCGGAGGAUCGACACCGGUGCUGAGGAGGAGUUUGCGUUGCUGGGCGGCGGCAGAUGGCUCAUCUCGGAGCGAGCAGGCGCGAUCUUGUGCCGCGACCUCGAUAGGGACCUUUCCGCCCAUGACGGGGCGGGGCUAGGGGCUUCAUCGGCGAGCAUGGAUCUAGACCGACCAGAGCACGAAGUCGAAUCUAAGGUGCUAUAUGCACCUCCUCAUGGAUCUACUAUCACUUCCCUUAGCUGCGUAGAGACGUAUGCGAGCGACGGGCGGUGGAUCGCGUUCAUCGUUUGUGCAGAGUAUCCACUCGGUGGCAAGCAGGGGACUGUGAACAUCUUUUCGGUGCAACGUGAAGAGAAUCGUGACGAUUCUACCUCGAUUUCAUCCGGAAAUCCCACACUGAAACGCCUUCUUACGCUUCAUGUCCCUUCCCCCGUGCAUGUCAUCGAUGCGUGUGCAGGGAGCUUAGUCCUUGUCGUCAGCUGGACGCGUGAAGAUGGGAGGGUGCUCUUGGUUGACAUCAAAGACCCGUCACGUUGGUGCUUCAUUCGCCCAAAGCAUGAUGCAGAAGAGGCUUCGACUCACGAUACAGACCCAGAAUUUAUCUGGCGUCAGUCACUUAUCUCGAGUCGAACCCAUAUUCUCCUAGUGAGGACCUAUCGCCGCAUCCGUGAUCGCAUGCACAUCAACGCUCGCAUCUCCGCUCUUGCAAUCGACUACAUCCCCUUCUCGUCUUGCCCCGAGGUCGAUGGAGACAUGGAAGUGUCACUUCCGUGGAUGAGCUGUAUCCUUCAAGACACGUUCUGGAAUGCGACUCUCCUACAAGACGCGGGAAAGCAAUCAUCUACAGGCGACUACGCGAGCCUCAUGCUCGCCGGGCUGUGGGAGAAAUCAUCCUCGGAGCCCAAGAGAGAUGGCCAGGACAUCGUCAUCGCAAAGCUCUCUAUCCCUCUUUUCCCUCAUCUGUCCAAGCGCAAGCUCGACUCCCAAAGUAUCCGAUGUACCCUCCAGCAUGUCACCAACCUACCCCAAUCUCAGCUUUUCCUUAACUCCGCCUCCAUCACCGGGUCUGUACGUGCCGUAUACGCAUCAGAAAAGGGAAACAAUCUCAACGUUGGCGCCCUCUCGCUGUCGUAUGCUGAUGACGACCGGAUCGAUAACGUGACGGUUGCGAACUCCCCUAACUUGAAGCUGUUCUGCCGCGAUCUCAGUCCGCCAGAGUCGGCUGUGGCCUGCUGGGACGGCGUGCGUGGGCGCAUGUGUUGGACAUACUGCAUCGAGCGGAGUAAUUGGGCGUUCUGGAGAAGUCGGGGCUGGGUCGUCGUCGUGGACUUUGACUAAUUUAAUCUGGCAUAUCCUGGCCAUUGCAUUGUAUAGUAGCCAUUGUACUGUAUCUCCCCUCAGACUUGUAGCAUCUAAAUCAUACCCUCUUCACCGCACUGCUAGCCCGCCGACAGAACGACAAGUUACGGCCAAAAGGCUAGUUUAUGUUCACUAUGUACGAAUAUAUUAAUAACGAC